UUUCCACCACUACCCCUUCGCUCAUCUCCCCCUCUCUGCAAUUCUUCCUCUGUUUUCUCUCUUCAAUUUCUUCACCCUGCACCAUGGCCAAGGAUUCUGAAGCUGGUGGAUUCGCCGCCAAGGACUACCACGACCCACCUCCGGCGCCGUUGAUCGACGUCGAGGAGUUCACUCAGUGGUCAUUUUACAGAGCCAUCAUUGCCGAGUUCAUCGCCACGCUUCUGUUCUUGUACGUUACUGUUCUCACUGUCAUUGGCUACAGCAGCCAGUCCGACGUCGACCACGGGGGCCAUAUCUGCGGCGGGGUCGGCAUUCUCGGCAUCGCUUGGGCCUUUGGUGGAAUGAUCUUCGUUCUUGUUUACUGCACCGCUGGGAUUUCCGGUGGGCAUAUCAAUCCAGCGGUGACAUUUGGGUUGCUUUUGGCACGGAAAGUGUCGUUGGUGAGGGCCGUUUUGUAUAUGGUGGCUCAGUGUGUUGGAGCCAUUUGUGGAUGUGCGUUGGUCAAAUCGUUUCAGAAGGGUCUCUACAAUCGCUACGGCGGUGGAGCCAAUUCGCUAGCUGAAGGUUACAGCACCGGCACCGGCUUGGCCGCUGAGAUUAUCGGAACCUUCGUUCUUGUCUACACUGUCUUCUCUGCUACAGAUCCCAAGAGAAGCGCAAGAGAUUCUCACAUUCCUGUACUAGCACCACUCCCAAUUGGGUUCGCCGUGUUCAUGGUUCACCUGGCCACCAUUCCGAUCACCGGCACCGGUAUUAACCCAGCUCGAAGCUUCGGCGCUGCGGUGGUGUUCAACCACAGCAAGCCCUGGAAUGACCAUUGGAUUUUCUGGGUUGGACCCUUCAUUGGAGCUCUCAUUGCUGCGUUUUAUCACCAGUUCAUAUUGAGAGCUGGAGCAGUUAAAGCUCUGGGAUCCUUCAGGAGUACCCACAGCGUCUAAUGAUGGAAGAACAAGCAAGGUUUUAGAUCUAAAUGUUCAUCGCCAUGGAUGAAAUCUGAGUUUCCUUUUAGUUAAGGGGCACUUCUUUUAUCUGUGCCCUUCUUCACUGCUCUUUAUCUGUUUCUUCCUCUGCUAUAUUUUGUGUUGCUGUAGUACUUCAAUUCUCUCUAAUUUGUGUAAAUUUGCUCUUGUUUUAGCCACCAAUUUGAAGGUUCCUGUUAUAAAAUUGCAAAACAAAGUAGGUUUGCUUUGAGAAA